UAUAUAAUGGAUAUAAAAAACAUUUUCUGUCAGCAUGAAGUAGCAUUAAAAAUAAAGCCUCGGUGUCAAAUGUUUAACACUUUUACAAUUACAGUGUGCAUGAAUACAAAAGACUAGGAAAAGGAUGCUGACAGCCAGAUGAUGCGAUUGUGUUAAAAAAAAUCAUUGUGGAAUAAUUCGUAGACAGCCCGCCUCUCGGCAAGGGCUCCUCGUGGAAUGGCAUUGCGAUUCUAGUCCGGUUUAUUCGAUCCGCUAGUCCUGCACAUUUACCGGCCUCGUCCGUCUCCCAUUGGAGGCGCGGCGCGUCACCGUGAGGGCGGAAGGUGCCGUGGUCCACACAGCCGUGCGCAGGGGAGGCUGAGGGUGUCGCCCAGCAGCGUGCCGACUUAUUGGAUAGGCCUCCGCGUUGUUGCUAGGGGCGUGGGUCGUGCCGUGAAAUAUACCCCAGUUGCCCCUACACCUCGAUGAGCCGAAAUUUUCGAAGACGAGAGACGCGCCGACGAGGAACUGAGGGGAACCGUGGCGCAGUGAGCGUAAUCUGAUAAGCGCUCCGUGUCCACCCUGCGCUCACCCGACAGGACGACGACAGGAACGGCAGCUGAGUGCGGAUGGUUGAACAGACAAUGCGGAGAUGCUGAGGACACCUUUUUUGGGGAGCCGAUUCAGGGUUUCACCCGAAACACCUGCUGUCUUCGCACCAGCCGGAGGGUCGACGGGCGUUCGGGGGAUGACAGCUGCGCACUUGGACGUCCCGUGAUGCGUCUCUGGAGGGAUUAAUACGUGGCACAGCAUAAACACCCUGGCCCUGUCCGCCGAAGGCCAGGGACCUGUCUGCGGGAGAAAUCACAUGCUUUCUUUCAGUAUGCGCCGGGGAGAGGACCUUAUGCAACGCGGAGAGAGAGGACAAAAAUGUGUCUUCGUGAGCUCAUAGGUUGAACUGGCAAUGACAACGUCAGGCUUAACUUGAAACGCUCAGUGCUGUACUGCAGCAAGGUGAGAGGCGGCAUCCUGGCGCGCAGCCUCCCCGCUUGGCGAUUCAUCGGGAUGCUUAGUGUGCUGAACAAACCCAAGGCGUGAGGCCGUCCACCCUGCGUCGGCGAACUGCGUCACUGCCUGCGAGGAGGCUGUUGCAGGUAGGCAGCAAAACUGGCCCACCCGGGAGAGGAGCAUGCUCAUCAUCCUCCCUGUCGCCGGUGAGUGUGAAACAAUCUGCCGGGCAUGGAGUCGGUGGACGACCCAAGCAAAGACCCGCCACUGGGAUCCACAUUUUCCUCAGAGCCAAAUUUAGACUCGGACGUCAAUGCAAAUGCCUGCAGGUCUAUUUGUGAAAACGGCACGGACCACAAUGUCAACGUACAGAACGCAGCCCCGCGGGGGGCCAGCGACCCCAGCAUGUAUCCCCCCACCGACUACCAGGGGCUCAUCCGCCAGAGGUUCAUCCGGAGGAGCCUGUGGGUGUCCGACGCGGAGGAGCAGCCGGUGGACACCACGCCGGAGUGCGCCAACAGCAGCGCGGUGCUCAACAUUGACCUGCGGACCAUCGUGGACCGGACUCGCAGCCGGGGGCGUCACGGAGGCCGGCCGGGCCUGCAGGAGACGUCCGGCACGGAGAGCCGGGCGGAGCUGGAGGAGCGCGCCACGGAGCGCGUGAGCGCGCACGAGGGGAAGGCAGAGGGAAGGGAGCCGGAGCCGGAGCCCGAGGUCGAGCCCGAGGUCGAGGUCGAGGUCGUGCCCCCAGAUGUCGCGGGCAAAGCAGGAAGUGACGAGAACGAAGAGGAGCCCGGCACGAAGGCGGUGUCCACCUCACCCGGGGGGCGCUUCCUCAAGUUUGACAUUGAGCUGGGCAGAGGGUCCUUCAAGACGGUCUACAAGGGUCUUGACACUGACACCUGGGUCGAGGUGGCGUGGUGUGAACUCCAGGAACGGAAGCUGUCUAAAGUUGAGAGACAGAGGUUCAAAGAGGAGGCUGAGAUGUUGAAGGCUCUCCAGCAUCCCAAUAUUGUGCGAUUUUAUGACUUCUGGGAAUCACCGGUGAAAGGGAAGAAGUGUAUCGUUCUGGUGACAGAGCUAAUGACCUCAGGGACACUAAAAACGUAUCUGAAGCGCUUCAAGGUGAUGAAACCUAAAGUUCUUAGGAGCUGGUGCAGACAGAUUCUCAAAGGCCUCCACUUUCUCCACACAAGGACUCCUCCAAUCAUCCAUAGAGACCUCAAAUGCGACAACAUCUUCAUCACUGGCCCCACAGGCUCUGUCAAGAUCGGAGACCUGGGCCUGGCAACACUAAAGAGGGCCUCCUUCGCUAAAAGUGUUAUUGGCACUCCAGAGUUCAUGGCCCCAGAGAUGUAUGAGGAGCACUAUGAUGAAGCUGUGGAUGUCUAUGCCUUUGGGAUGUGCAUGUUGGAGAUGGCCACUUCAGAAUACCCCUACUCCGAGUGUCAAAAUGCUGCACAGAUCUACCGUAAAGUCACCAGUGGGGUGAAACCUGCUAGCUACAGUAAAGUCAGUGACCCUGAAAUUAAGGAAAUAAUCGGGGAGUGUAUCUGUCACAGAUGGGAAGAAAGGUACUCCAUCAAGGACCUCUUGAAUCAUGCCUUCUUUGCCGAGGAUACUGGCGUGAGGGUGGAGCUCAAUGAAGAAGAUGAUGGGAAGAAAUCAUCCAUUGCUCUAAAGCUGUGGGUCGAGGAUCCUAAAAAGCUGAAAGGAAAAUACAAGGACACGGGUGCCAUUGAGUUUACCUUUGGAUUGGUGAAUGAGGUCCCAGAGGUUGUCGCCCAAGAAAUGGUCGAAUCAGGGUUUUUCCUGGACUGUGACGUGAAGAUUGUCGGAAAGUCAAUCCGAGACCGCGUGGCUCUCAUCAAAUGGAGGAGGGAGCGGACUGUCUCGUCAGGAAAUGGCGAGACGCAGCAGAACCUGCUGCAGGUGCCCAGUACCGGUGUACCACAGGGAGCCACAUUAGCUACAACCGAUUAUGAAGACCAAGAGGUGGAGCAGCAGACCCUGAGCUGCACUGUGCCAGCCACCACAUCUACAACAUCUGACAGUGGAGGGAGCUCUAUCAUGCAAUUAGAUGAUCUAAACCAUCAUCAAAAUGGGACCUACCAGUCUCCUCCAGAGUCAAUUUCCACAGCUCAGAUGAUUUACAGUCCUCCUGCACAGGCUGACCCUCAGCUGCGCCAGGGGCCCUACCAGCAACCCACAGCACAGGCCGUACAUGAAAACUACACACAAGCAUCCACACAUUUACACCAGGGAGCCUACCAGCAGACUACAGGUCAACUGCAUCCUGGGGCUUAUCAACAAACUGCGGCACAAACGUACCAGUCUCAAACAACAGUUUCUGCUCCACCUACGCCAGCUCCCACUGUGCUCCAUAGUCGACAGACAGCACAGAGCUUCCCAGCCGCAGCCCCCGCUCUGCAGACGCAGCCCGGCCAGGAGCAGUGCCAUCUUCAAGCAGCUGCUGUCCUGCCCCAGUUCCCCUCACUAUAUCCUGUUGUUCAAACAGGGGGCCACAUGCCAUAUCCCUUCUCCUCAGCCCCUUUGCCAUCUGCCUACAGCAGCAGUGGCCCUUCACUGUCUAGCACCUACUUCUCACCUUCACCCCACCGUCCCUCCCUUCCUCUGACCCCUCAUGCUGCCAUGCCCUCUAUACCUGCUCUUGGCACCCCUCAGACCCCUCUGUCCACACCUCAACACAUGUCCGUUGUGGCACUCCCAAUCCCGCUUCUUACCAUGACCAUGCCCCCUGCACUGCCCCAGCAGCAGGGCGGCUCCCAUACCACCCAUCCCUCACCUCUCUCCCAGGUACGAACCACCCCAUACCCCGCCCCCCACCCUGAGCUGGAACUGGCUGACCAGCCUGUCCAGGUACAGAUGAUUGUUCCACAGGCGAAUUUGGGAGAUGUUCAGAUUUUGGCUCCAGUCCACCCUGUCUUUCCUGCUGGUCAUACUCCUCUCUGGGGAAGCAGGGUCGAUGCAGAAACUACUGCAGCUGGUCUGGACUUAACUGUGGCUCCUACAGUUCAAUCUCCAGUUCCAGCCCCAGCCUCAAUCUCAGUCUCAACUACAGUACAAGUUGAAGCCCAAGCACCGCCACAAACUCCACCACUGGUCUCAGCACAAAACCAACCACCAGCCAUGUCUCAACCUCCAGCUUCAAUCCCAACUUCAGCCCCAAAACAGGUUUCAAUAGCAGCACCAGCUCCUGCCUCAGCCCCAGUUACAGCACCAGACACAGCUUCUGUCAUCGCUUCAGUCCAAGCUCCAGUUCUGCUGCCUGCUGGCAUCCAGACAGCCGUCUCUUUGCCUGAGUGUGCCAGCCUGGUCUCAACUCAGCAAAACCUCGAAACAACAUAUGCAUCUAACACCCAUCAACCAGAGUUCAGUGUAGAGGAUGUGCUUCAGGACAAACCAGUAUCUUUACCCAACUACGCUUAUGACAGUCUUAACUCUGACGUGACCUCUGGUAAGGAAACAAGUGAUGGCUAUGACAGCUUGGCUAGUGUGGGGAAGGGCGACGGAAAACCCAGGAAACACCACCGCAAGUCUGCCCGUACACGUUCUCGGCAAGAAAAGACCAGCAAACCCAAACUCAGCAUGCUCAAUGUUUGCAACACUGGCGAUAAAAUGGUUGAAUGUCAGCUGGAGACUCACAACCACAAAAUGGUGACAUUUAAAUUCGAUCUGGAUGGAGAUGCUCCAGAGGAGAUUGCCACUUACAUGGUGGAGAAUGGCUUCAUCCUGCUGUUAGAGAAGGAGAUCUUCAUUGACCAGCUAAAGGACAUUGUGGAUAAAGCUGAGGACAUGCUGAGUGAAGACAUAGAGGGCGAAAGGGCCUCCACCCUGAGCUGCAGUCCUCAACAAGGCCAGAUGUCUGAGGGGCUAGUGGGAGAGAGUCAGCAGCUUGGAGCACCUCAGCCUGUCUAUCAGCAGAAUGUUCUUCAUACAGGGAAGAGAUGGUUCAUAAUCUGCCCUGUAGAAGAGACACCCACAUCCAGCCAGGAGACCCCAUCUGACGGCACGACCACACAGUCUCCUGGGAGUUCAACCACUACCCAGCCUGCUGACAGUGGCACUGCAAGGCCAUCUGCAUCCAGAGAAGAGGGUUCAUCUUCUACAAUGUCUGGUGGAAGUGGCGGCUUCUCCUAUGAAGUGUAUGGAUUCUGUAGUCCUCCAAUAAUGUCCAACACAGACCCACUUCUUUUGGCCACUCUGUCCCCUCCUGUGUCUGCUCCCCCAACCCUUCAGUCGGUGUCAUCAGUGGAGCCUGCUGGCAGCUCUGUGCACCCAAGUGUGCAUCAGGCUCGGCCAGCCAGGGCUCAGACUUUGCCCCCGUCAUUCCCACAUACGUCUUUCCCAGUGGAUGAGUCACAGGGAUCCCCUCUGGGCCCCGUGUCCCCGAGCAAUGCUACUCGGCAGAUCCCGGAAAUGACAAGUCCUGUGUCUUUGGCUGAAGAGAUUCCCUGCUGCCCUCUGGUCAUGCCACUAUCUCUGGAUGUGAGCGGUUCACAGGGUGGGUCUCCUCUCACCCCACUUCCACUACAGGAUCCAGAUCCAGCCAAAGAGCCGAUGUCUGUCUCGUACGGCUCCGCAGCACGAAGCGAGCGGCCGCAGCAGCCUGUAGUGCUCCACCAGCCUUUUUCCAGCAUGGGAGGAUCCAAAGUGUCCUCACUACCCCAGAGCCCAGCGCCAUCCCAGCACGGUGCAGGGCCCGGUGAGUCAGACGGCGAAGGACGGCUUGGCCGCGGGGGCUUCGUGGACAGCACCAUAAAAACACUGGACGAGAAACUAAGGAACUUGCUCUACCAGGAAUAUGCUCCCAUGUAUCCGUCAGGCAGCACUGCAGAGACACCAGGCUCCUGCACCGAGUACAUCCAGUCUCCUCCUGGUCCAGACAGCGCCACAGGAGGGUCAGGAAACAGCACGCCAGGGCCGAUGGGGGAGGGACGCUACAGGGCCGGAGAACAGCUGCCUCAGAUUCCAGAGAGGAUGGAUAGUUUGAGCACACUGAGUGACUCAGCUGUUUGUGCUUCCAUGUCAAGAAGACACGUUCCUCAUUCUGCUUCCUGCUCUGGAACAAGAGGUCGAUUUAAGAUCAUUUCUGUACCUCCGGAAGUGGCCAACAGACGAGAUGUGAAACAAAGAAGCUGGAGCAGCGCUGCCUCACCGGCACACCCUAUGAGAUACAGUCAGGACCAUGUUCAGGCUGAGGCCAUGGUUACUUCCACCACAAUUGGCCGUUUCUCUGUGGUUAGCACUGAGGACGACAUUACACAGAGAACACGCUGCAGCCGCUACUCUGCCCCGCCUGAUUUCUACCUGGACACCCCUCCUUCCAUGGCCAAGCGGGGCUCCCUCCCUCGUGCCCUGACCUCGACCUCGGUCCCCGUGGACAUCACGGUCCACGCACGCUUCCUCUCCUCGGACUCAGGGGCUGAGAGCAGCCCUGCAAAGCUGGCUCCUGCCACCCCAUCUCAACAUACUCGCUCUGAGCGCAGAGGAAGUGACCUCAUGAAGAGGGCAGUGGCCUUCCUCCGUCGCUCAGGCCGCAGCAGCAGCGUGCAGAGCUCUGACUCACCAAGCAGGCAUGGAGGCGUCCACGGCUCAGCCUAUGGCAGCAGUGAUAACGACUCGGAGAUGGAGGAUUCUGACAUGAAGAGGGAACUAACGAGACUGAGGGAGAAACAUCUGAAAGAGAUCUCUGAGCUGCAGGCCCAUCAGCGGGGAGAAGUGGAACUGCUAUAUCAUCGGCUUGGCAAGGCCCCUCCUUCCGGCCUGGGUCUCUCACACGCUGCACCUCAUACCAGCCGUAGAAAGAGGUCAACCAAGCACAAGCUAAAGCCUGGAAAACUUCUCAGCCCUCUGGUUCAACAAUUUAGAAAUGUUACAACCAAAACGAGUGACUCCAGCAGAAACUCUGCUGCUGCAGGUGCAGGUGAGCCUGCAUUGAGUUUAAAUGGCUCUCCAGCCAAAGGGUCUUUCCCCACUCCACGGUCGUGCACGAGCCACAUUCCCAGCUCAACCUCAGAGCCUGUGCAGACUCAGCAGCCCUGUUCCCUCAAGGGCUCUUUGUCUUCUGAUAAUAUUUACGCUGGACUUCAAGGAGACGGUACCAGCGCACAAGCUCCACCCGGACAAGGCUGGUCUAAUUACCCUCAACCAUCUGAGAGAGUGACCUAUAAAUCCAGUAGCAAGCCACGAGCUAGAUUUCUCAGUGGGCCUGUGUCUUUGUCUAUCUGGUCAACACUGAAGCGACUGUGUAUUGGCAAAGAGCGAGGCAGCAGGUCUGCAGCCGGAUCAGGGACUUUCAAUCAAUCACAGCAGCCGCCCACCGGUGCCACACCUCCGCCUCCUCCUCAUCAGCCAGUGAUGGGACUGGCCCAAGCUCAGGCUAAUAACAGCAACAACAAGACAGGCACAUACACUGGCGCAUCCAUGGGUGCCAGUGAAAAAGACCUGCCUGAAGACUUGCAACGGCUGAUGGACGACUGGGCCCAGGAGGUUCUUAUUGUCACCCACAGGCCACGAACCAGCUCUCUGAGCAUCAGUGGGCAGCAGUUGUGGGAUCAGGUCGUGCAGCGAACACACAGACAACUGGCUAGUGCUUCCUUUGUAUCUUCAUGGACAACCUCUGGUCCAGACACCUGCACUCUGCCCCUGUCAUGGCCGGACAGCCCCGGGUCAACAAUGGUGAUCACGGGGCCCCAUCAUCAGCCCUACUCUCCUGCUCCAUUCGGGGCCUUGUCCUCCUUCCCUCUCCCUUCAGGAGUUUUUGCCUUUCCUGUUGUGCCCUCUGCCCCAGAUGCCCCCAGCCCAACCCUGGCUCCAUCAUAUCAGCCGCCCGACCCCAAAGCCAGGACUCUAUAACCUGAGUAGCAUUGUCUCUUCCGACUCUAUUACCAAAAAGAAAUAUCAUUAUAGUUCUAGUCAAUUUUAUGUGCAUAUACUGUAUAUAUUUAACCAGCAUGUAUGUAACCAUAUGUACAUACUCUCUAUUCCAAAUUUUUAUGUUGUUUGUUUCAUUUGCAUCAACAUACCUCAUGUCCACACAGUACAUAAACUUUGUGUGUGGUGUAUUGGUAGUAGUGCAUUCAAAGUUGCACAGUGUAUAUAGCUCAGUUGGGCUUAAAAGUGCAGAUUUUUGUCAUUGCUUACAUACGAUACGUUUCCACUCACAGAAUGUACAUAAUGUACUGUCCAUUCAUACCUUGUUUUUGUAAAUAGUUCAUGUUUGUGUUGCUCAUGUCACUCCUAUAGAUAAGCUGACGUGUGUGUGUAUAUAUGAAUUCUUGUUUGUACAUAGCUCCUGUGUUUGUACAGACAACAUUGGGUGACCUGUAGGUUGGUGCUGCAGCUACGUGUCUUAAUGCAACACCUCAUUAGCCACCAUCAUGCCGUCACUGUGAAGACUUGACAUCCUGGCCACUAGGACCGGUUGCUUUACUCUGUUCUCUGUCCAAGGACGGAUUUCAUUUUUCAUCGAUGAAAUGCUUCCAGCACAAGCGCUUGAAAUAUCCUUAAGAGAUUUGAUGGAACUUGAACUUCAUCUUCAGGUGAAACAAACACCUGCGAGAGUGCCUUGAAUUGCAGUUUCAGUUUUCCGAAGAAAAGAAUUUAGAUUCAAAGCAGACACUAGAUAUAUAUAUAUAUAUAUAUAUAUAUAUAUAUAUAUAUAUAUAUAUAUAUAUAUAUAUAUAUAUAUAUAUAUAUAUAUAUAUAUAUAUAUAUAUAUAUGCUUUUCACUUUCAAAGGUAAAUUAUGUGAUUUGAAUAAUGAAUGUGGGAUUAAAACAUAUUUAGUUAAGCAACUGAACAUAGCAUAAUCUGGCCAUGCUGCAGCUCAUUAAAUAUCAAAGAUUGUAAGAAAAGAUCCAAAACUGCAAUAGGUUAUAUAAAAUCUUGACUGUGAUUCUUUUUUCUUUGUUCACUGAAGAUAGUUUUUUGUGGGAUUGCCCUACCACCUGCACCACAGCCUGCAUUAAUACACUGAUAUUCUGAAUGUGCACAGGUGGAUGUGGUGAGCUGCAGGAGGAAGAAACUGUCAUUGAAACCACACGACAAGGAGGGCUGAAGGACUCGACAGACGAGUCAAAAUCUUGAUCAUCCCAUACCUCUACUAAUGCAGUCUGUAGCUUUAUAUAUUGUUGCCUUUGUGGUUCAUAAGAGACUACUGUGUGGUUGGUUGUUGUUUGAUAAAUGCUGAUGGUAUAAGGAUGUUACAGGCACGGCCGUGAAGAAUGUGAAUCAAUGAGUGGCCACACGUUAUUUGCAUAUUGAAUAAGUUUUGUCAAUUGUGAUUAUCAGACGAUGGCCCCACACAAUCAUCUGGCUCAUACAGCAAACCCUAUGUAUUCUGGCUGGCUUAAUUCAAAGAUCUCCAAAAACUAUUGCACUAUCACCGUUACAAUCAUUUCAAUAGCACAGCCUCAAAAGCAACACUUCCACUUCCCCUCUGAAGAAUAGCUUGUUGAAUGCAUCAGCGUUUUGAUGUAUUCUGUGAAAAAACUAAAUAGUGGCAAAAUACUAUGUAGUUAAGAGGAAGGAUGGAUAUGAAUGAGUCAGAAGGUUCUUCAAAACGGAGACUGAACUUAACAAUACUGUUAUUUUGAACUAUUUGUGUCUUAUCUGUCUCAUCUCAUUUUUUUAAAAAUUAAAUUGGAAUCAAGACAUUUAGUAAGAGGCUUCAACACUACUGGGGUCUCACAAGAGAAGGAUACAGGGAUAUUCUGACUUUUUAGUUUUUAGACAUCUUAGUUUUUUUUGUUUUUUUAUUUUGCUUUUUUCCACAGCACAUUAGACAGCAGUUUGCACAGGCUUAGUGGUGCUCCCUGUGGUGAGUAAACUGAACUUUAUGUGCAAAUUCCACCAUGUUUACAUAAUGUACCCUGUAUUUUGAUUUAAACUGAAUAUUUGUCCUGAAGGCACAAUUUCUUUCAUGAUUACAUUUUUUUUCUUGUGAAGAUUUCCUAAGCAGCUACUUUCCUUGUGCUUUCCACAGUAGUUAGAUCUCUCUAAUGCCAUGAAAAGUAGUUGUCUGUUUGCUUUUACCUGCUGCAUCAGCUGUUUUCCCAACACUUUCCUGACCUCGUCAGAUCGAUACUCUUUCAGAAACGCUGUACAUACUUGAAGACAGUGAUAGAAAAUUAAUAAAUUCAUUUUUGCUUGAAACCAUA